UUUCACAGUAACAACCCGUCACUCGUGCCCACCCAGUUCCACCCCGUGUGAGAAACGAGCCAAGCAAAGACCUGCCCGCCAUGGCACCUUACAUGUCGACCGAGCACGCCCACCGCUCUUACGGCCCCGUCAACAGGGAAGCCCUCUCCGGGAGCCUUUCCAAGUCGGAGCGCGGGCUGCUGCGCGUCGGGUUGGUGAAAUCGGAGCAUUGGAAGCGCCUGCCCACCGAGGGCCUGUACCAGAUCAUCAUCUCCGAGGUCCUCGACAACGGCAUGACCUACCCCCUGGAGCGCAGCGGUGGGCGAGCCUUUACCGUCACUUCGGUGCUGGAUCUAGGGCUGAGGAUGAUGGAGGGUGAACGGGGGCGAACUGCCCUCGGGAACCUGGCGCGGAAGGCAAUCUGUGUCUGGCGCGAAAGGCCAGUCCCAGGGCCGGUUAUUGAGCCGUGGCCAGUAGAUGUGCCCGCUGCCGUGGAUGAGUUCCUCCGCUGCGUGCGGUACCGUUUCCCCAUCGUCAAGCUCGACGACCGCAACGGCUUCUGCCACGAGGAAGAGAACAAGACGAUGCCGUACUCGUGGGUCGACGAGUACUCGACGCUAGAGCGGUUCGACUUCGAUCCCAAGGCGGCCGCCGUGCUGCACCUGAACUGGCAGCUCAUGGAAAAGCUGUACUGGACCCGCCUCAAGGCAGACAUUGCCCGGCGGCAGCACCGCAAGGAGGAGCACCUUGCCGAGACAGUCCGCUUCCACCGCCUGCAGUUCCACCUGGCCGCCAUGGUGACCCACCACCUGUGCCACCUCUUUGUCAACUUCCUGCGCGAGUCCGAGGACCUCGUGCACGCCGUCGCCGACGCCGACUUCAUGCGCCUCGUGCGCCGCUACGACCCCGGCGCCGAGUUCGAGAUCGAGUUCUUUGGCGGCCGCCCCAAGCUGUUCAUCGACCAGCCCGGUUCGCGCGAGGAUAGCUAUCGGGGGCAGAGCUAUGUGAUUAAGAGGGGCAAGGGUGGGAGCCGCAUGGCGGCUGUGGUGGCUCAGUACAAGAUUGAAAGUUAUCUUAAAGGGGAUUUCUCCGUGCCUCUCCUGACCGAAGUCCAAUCUGAGGUCUUUCCCAUGGAGCGGUAUCAGGACGUCCUACGACGCCAUGGUAGCUCGAAGCAUGAGACCUGCCAGUGGAGAGAGGGCCAGACGGGCACAAGGCGAGUGGCCGAGGUCGGUUCCCUCGACCAACAGGCGUUCAGCGCCCCGUGGGAUAUUCAGGGGACGGAGUACCAGAUGAUGAAGAAGGCUUCUUUCGACCCAUCUAUUCGGGUUGUUGAUCCUCGGGGGCUUUAGAUUGGCGUUGGCAUUGUGUGAUAGGUUUGAUCGGAUACCCAUAGAGCUUAUUUUCUUUAUUAGAUAGAGUAUUACCAUAGACGGCAGUAACACAUCCUUUUCUAACUUCAUAGUUGCCUCCUUUUUAGUCCCGCUACCCGCCACCUCAUCUAUCUGCAUUAUGCAGCCAGAUGAAUCAUGGAUCACAAGGCAAAUCAGCAUUGACACCAACUCAUCACCCCAUA